UGGCUCUCAGCGGCAGCUCAGACAAUAUGCUGAUAAGACAGGAGGACUGAAGUUUUCGCACACACUUGUGGUUGAGAUGGUUCACUGAAAACUGACCCUCUGUGGACGGAUCUUUUUCUCUGUGAACACAGCUGCUUAACAAACAUGAACAAACUUGCAAAGGCUCUGUAUGACAACACUGCAGAGUGUGCAGAUGAGCUGGCCUUCAGAAAAGGGGACAUCAUCACGGUGAUGGAUCAAAAUGUGGCCGGCACCAGCGGAUGGUGGAUGUGCUCUCUUUAUGGACGGCAUGGCCUGGCCCCUGCAAAUAGACUGCAGCUUUUAACAGUGCAAACUGGAAGCACUGCAGGCUCCUCAAUCCUUGUCACAGAAAAUCUCAGAUCAAUUGAUGUUAAAACUGAUGACAGUGUGAAAAAUAUCUACCAGAUCCCAAGUGUUCCCCGACCGUCCAGCAGCUCGGCUUAUGAACGCAUGGACAUGAUCUACAAGGUCCCGUCCACUCCUUUAUCAGCUUCAAAAAGUCCAGCCCUAUCAGCACUUAAGAACAACACAGAAGAACCGGAGAGAAACAAGCCUUCAUUCUUCAGCAUGGCGUCCAGUCCAAAAGGGGAGGUUUAUGAUGUUCCAAGCCAAGCAAGACGAGCUUCUCCUUUCACUGCAUCAACAACUCCAAGACAUAUGCCGCAAACACAGUCAUUGCCUCCAGUUUCGGAGCUGGAGAAAAGAUUUGACUCUCCGGAGAGUUUAAGGUGUAGCAGUCCAGGAGACUCUUACGUGUAUGCUGUUCCACCCCCUUUGCCUCAGGACCCAAAUUAUGACAUCCCUGUUCCCUCAGCCACAGAGGCCAAACAGAAAAUAAUCAAUGGAUACAACACCCUUCCCAACUUCCACAAGCCUGAGUGGAUUUAUGAUGUGCCAGUGGGUCCUGAGAAACAAAGUCCACCUCAAGGCUCCUAUGAUACCAUGCCCUCCAAAGCUGUUUGCAGGCAGCUCUAUGACACUCUUCCAGCACAUGCUUGGCCCAUUCAAAGAGGCAGUCCAACUUCCGCACUUUAUGAUGUACCAAAACCCAGUUCUCUUGACAUCCCAAGUCCACCCAAAGUGCUGCCAAGGGUCCCGAUUUAUGACAAACCCCUAACUCAGAGGCUCCCAGAGGAAUCAGUAUCUGUGGUUCCACCCCAGGAGGAAUCCCUCACCCGGGUUCUCAGUGAUUCCCCAAGUGAUCAUAUACCCCUAGAGUGCAGGGUGGACUCAAGCAAUGCUCAUGAACACACAAGGGUGCGUCUGCAGCGAAUGAGAAACUUCCUGGCCUGUACGUCUUUCCAUAACCUUCCAGAAAGUGGGGAGUCACUGGCACAGGAGGACAACGAGCGAGGUAGAACCUUAUGUCUCUCUGCAGCAGACAGUCAAAGAAUCAGCACGGCCUCCAGCUCCUCCACCAGCUCCUGUGACUCCCUGGCUCUGAGCUCCUCCUCUCCAGAGCCUCUGCGAGAAGUAACGCUCAGCCAGGACGAGGCCUGCCGCAAACUUCUAGACCUGCAUGAGUCCGUUUGCAGAGCCGUGCCCCGACUCAUGGAAUUUGUCAGCAGUCACUGGAGGAUCAAAGAACAUCUGGAGAAACACCUGAAGGAGAUCAGAGAAGCAGCUGAGGACAUUACAUGUUCUCUGACGUCCUUCCUAAACUUUUCCUUGGACGUUAAAGGCAAUGCCCGCCGUUUGACCGAUGCCAACCUUAAGACAAGGCUCUAUAAACAGCUGUCCAUCGUAGAAGACUCAGGUAUGAUCCUACAACAAACAGUUAGUGCUCUGAACAUGGCUGGCUGGCCCCUCAAUACGCUUUGUCAGGACCCGGGGCAGGUCCAGAUACCUGACCAACUGGAGCGCUUUGUUAUGGUGGCGCGCACUGUUCCAGAGGACAUCAAGCGCCUAGUGUCCAUCAUCAAUGCCAAUGGCAAGCUUCUGUUCAGAGUCCCUCAGAAAGAUCCAGAGACAAAGAAAAGUCCUGAUGGAAGUGAACAAGGAGGGGACAUACUGGAAGACGACAAUGACUAUGUAGAGCUACAGACUAAGAAUGCUUUUGAAAAGCAUCAAAAUGACGCGCAGAAGGGACAAAAAGAAAAUGUCACACCAGUCUCUAACAAGGCACGGACUGAUAACAAGCGCGACUCCUCUCAGUUCGGCAGUGGCACAGAAGAACAUCAACCAUCCCCUCUGUCAGAGCACUGCCGGCUUUACUUUGGUGCUCUCCAGAAGGCCAUUGGAGGAUUUGUGAGCAGUCUUCAGGAUGGCCAGCCACCAGAAAAAUUUAUCUCACAAAGUAAGCUGGUGAUCAUGGUAGGCCAGAGAUUGGUGGACACCUUGUGCAGAGAGGCCCAACGUAGAGGGUCCAGCCAGAGCCUCCUGUGUAAGAGCAACCACCUGUGUGCCCUCCUUAAGCAGCUGGCUGUGGCCACCAAGAAGGCAGCACUGCAUUUCCCGGAUAGUCAAGCUCUGCACGAGGCUCAAGAGUUUGCAAAGGAACUGGCCCAAAGAGCACAGCACUUUCGGAUAUCGCUUGACCUCUGAGAGUCUGCAUAUCAAGCAUAUUGAUUUGUUUGUACAGCAAAAGAUAGUGGUUUAAUCAUCAUUCUGUUUAUUUUUUCAUUGAUUUCAUAUUCAGCCACCUUCAAGCUUCACUAGCCAAAAAGAUAAUUAGUUUUUGCUGAAUGUUGUUAUCUUAAUGAAUGCAGGUACUGGUUAAAGUGUUGUUUUUUGGUUAGAAAAAGUCGCUGUGACAAGCAGAACAAUUCAAAUAUGGAGUUGUAUUUGUACUUAAAUAAUACGACAUAGUGGAGUUCUAAAAUAAAUUGCACAUUUAGGAUACUGUACUCAAGCCAAUUUUAAAAUGUAAUUUUAAAUAUAAAGUAUAAAAUGUAAUUGUUUUAUAUAAUUUACAACAAUUUUAUAUUUUCUGAAUAUUGUUUGUUAUGAGGAUUUAUGUAUUUUAUUACUUUAUUGUGAAGGGUAUACUCUCCAGGGUAGUAGUUUGAUAUAGUCUACGUUUUGUGAAUAUCUAUGUAAAUAUUCUAAAAAAAAUAUGUUAUGCAUUCCCAAACUUUUCUUGAUAAAAGACUGAAUACAA